AUUGAAAGAGUUGUGAAAAUAUUAUUGAUGUAAAUGUCAUAAUCUUAUAAAUGUGCGAAUAAGACGAUGAAUACAAGAUUCACAACCAUUACAAUCACAGUAUAUUUGCUUCAAUUCAUCCUUUUUCUGGUCUUAAUAAAAGAAAUCGAUGCAAAAAAUAGUGAAAGUGUUGAACAAACACAAGACGUUAACUCAUUGAAUGGCAAUGGCUUUGCAAGUGAUCCCAAAACUGGUCUUCAAUGCAAUUGCAAUUGUGAUGCAAAUUAUAACACAACCACUAAAACAACCAAAGAUUACUUCUUAGAUGUCUUUCAAGACAACAAUGUUUUGCAUAAUUCGGUCAAAACUGAGACUAAACCGAAAGAUGUGACUAUUUUUGUGAUAACUCCCACUUAUUCGAGACCAACACAGAUGGCAGACAUGACUAGACUUUCGCAGACACUAUCACUGGUGAAGAACUUGUUUUGGAUCGUAAGCGAAGACUCGCAAACCAGAUCCCAACAAGUGGCGGAACUGUUGAAUCGGACGGCCAUCCGAUCCGUGCAUUUGUUAGGCCCGCGUCCGGCAACUCAUUUGGACCGCCGAAGUGGUCGCGGGGUCUCCAAUAGACUCAUGGCUUUGCAGUAUUUGAGAGAACAGUUUACGAACACCAGUGAGGAAGGGGUCAUAUACUUCGCCGACGACGACAACGCCUACGAUAUCAGGAUUUUCGAAGAGAUGAGAGCGACGCGAAAGGUGUCUAUGUUUCCGGUGGGUCUGAUCGCCAAACUCGGUCUCUCAACACCUAUAGUGAGCCGACAAACGGCCAAAAUCAUCGGCUUUCACGACCCGUUCAUAAGUCGCCGCAAAUAUGCUGUAGAUAUGGCCGGAUUUGCCGUCAAUUUGCAGCUCUUUCUCAACAGACCGAAGGCAACGAUGCCUUACAAAGUGGGCUACGAAGAGGACUACUUCAUCAAAAGUCUUGGCGUCCAAUUCGAUGAUCUCGAGCCCAAAGCUCACAAUUGCACUCAGAUCCUUGUCUGGCAUACGAAGACCUCAGCAGCCAUUGCACCCAAUUAUGCAUAUCUUACCAAAUAUAACGACUACAACAAUACUAAUCUUCCACUACUUUAUGACAAUUCAUUGUAUGGUUUGGCCCUAAAAAGGGCCGUUUGUAGACAUCUGGUGAUGAAUUUAUGCCUUCUUCUCGGUCUUCUUGGGCAGAAGGACGGCCUGAAUGUUGGGCAGAACGCCUCCCUGAGCGAUGGUCACACCCGACAACAGUUUGUUCAACUCCUCGUCGUUACGAAUGGCCAGUUGGCCGUUUGUAGACAUCUGGUGAUGAAUUUAUGCCUUCUUCUCGGUCUUCUUGGGCAGAAGGACGGCCUGAAUGUUGGGCAGAACGCCUCCCUGAGCGAUGGUCACACCCGACAACAGUUUGUUCAACUCCUCGUCGUUACGAAUGGCCAGUUGGCCGUUUGUAGACAUCUGGUGAUGAAUUUAUGCCUUCUUCUCGGUCUUCUUGGGCAGAAGGACGGCCUGAAUGUUGGGCAGAACGCCUCCCUGAGCGAUGGUCACACCCGACAACAGUUUGUUCAACUCCUCGUCGUUACGAAUGGCCAGUUGGCCGUUUGUAGACAUCUGGUGAUGAAUUUAUGCCUUCUUCUCGGUCUUCUUGGGCAGAAGGACGGCCUGAAUGUUGGGCAGAACGCCUCCCUGAGCGAUGGUCACACCCGACAACAGUUUGUUCAACUCCUCGUCGUUACGAAUGGCCAGUUGUAA